AACGCGGCGGUAGGAACGCCAUCGAGUGCACGCGAGACGACGCGAUCUUGGCCAGAAGUGCGCCAGCGGCCAAGAGGAAGAGAAUUGCGCGCCGAAUUCGGAACCACCGAGCCGAUCGUCGAGCGGGUGUCAAGAGAGGACCCAGACACGUGAGAAUCAUCACCGGAGGCGAGAAAUACGGGGCGUGGGUUGAGGGCGCGCGACGCACCGACGCGUGUUUAUGCGCGCUUACGACGCCGAAUUUCCCGCCCCAGGGCGGACGCAGCCUCGCGGGGAGGUCGGCACGACCUCGCCCGGGUGACCGGCGAUCGACCUCGACUGGCCGGGAGGAUCGGUCGGCCGAAAAAUCCGGAAAAUCUGGGCCCCUCCGGUCGAGCCGGCGAGCGACGCGUUUGGAGGUUAGAUCUCGAUUUUGCCCCGUUUGAGAGAGAAAUCGACGGAUUCCGGCGUUCGCGAGACGCUCGGCGCUCUUGGUGUGGCUUUUCACCCCAGCGGGCCAGGUCGCGAGGGUUUUUGAGGUUAUGUUGUGUGUACAGAGGGCGUGACAGUGGCGGGUCACGGGCAGGGGUUGGUCGUGGUUUCGCGCGCUGGACUCCCGCGCUUUGAGAGAGAUCCCCCGGGUUUUCGCGGUUUUGUCCACCGUAACGAGGCUCUGUGGACGUGGCCGAUUUUUUCGGAGACUCUUGAAGAACCCUGAGGCUUUUCGCGACCCGGAGCGGACAAUAUUACGCGGGUGAAUAGCGGAUUUGGGCCUACGCGUAUCGUGCAUUAUGGCGAUUGCCUGAGUGGCUACGAGCUCCGUCGUUUUUCGCCGUUUAUCCUGGGUUACAUCCGUGGAAAGUCGGGCCUGAUACUCGGGGAGUGCUGCGGAAGCAACGGCCGCUGCCAGGAAGCAGGGGAACUUCGUUGGGGACGCGGCCAGGUCGACACUACCCGUCGAAAUCUGGACAAGAUGCCACAGACCAGUUUGCAGGAAAAGCAGCCUUCACAAAUCUACUCACAGGGGAGCAAAGUGGCCCCACAGAGCUUGAAGAGGAAGAGGCGUGCCACCGAGCAUUCCGAGGAUGCUGAAAAUAUUUAUCCUCCCAAUAAAUUACCUAUCCUGUCGCAUUCACCUUAUACCGAAUCUUGCAAUGCGUCGCAAUUUGUGGAUGGCUCUCGAACUCCACAACAUCAGUCUUCGCCAUUGAAGGAGCAACAGGAGCCAACCACAUGGUCCGACUUGAGAACGGCUACCUGUUUCUUGACUCCAUCAGCCUCUGGAAAUGGGUCAAGUAGACCUAGCCCAUUACCGUCGUUACCUUGGGCCGAUGGUUCCCAGGUGUGGUCGCUGAUGUGCCUGGGAGAUCAGAAGACGUUAACCCAGAGGGAUUCUCAGAUGUUCCAACGCCACCCUUCGUUACAACCACGAAUGAGGGCGAUAUUAUUAGACUGGUUGAUCGAAGUUUGCGAGGUUUACAAAUUGCACAGAGAGACCUACUACUUAGCCAUGGAUUACAUAGAUAGGUAUUUGUCUACACACCAUGAUGUCCCCAAGAAUCGAUUACAACUUAUCGGAAUCACCUGCUUAUUUAUUGCUGCCAAGGUGGAAGAAAUUUAUCCUCCCAAGAUCGCAGAAUUUGCAUAUGUUACGGAUGGUGCUUGUACAGAGGAGGAAAUUCUUGGAAAGGAAUUAGUGGUGCUGAAAGGAUUGGGCUGGAACUUGUCUCCUGUAACAGCCCCUGGAUGGUUGAACAUCUACAUGCAAGUUGAAUCGGGUGACUGGUCCAGACCAAAGGCCUUCAUCUACCCUCAGUACGAAGGGUUGCAGUACUCCCAAGCUGCUCAACUUUUGGACUUAGCCACUCUCGACGAAGGCAGUUUGAAAUUUCCGUACAGUCACAUUGCUGCAGCUGCGGUUUAUCACACACAAGGCAGGGAAUGCGCCUUGAGAGUGUCCCGUCUCUCAUGGGAACAGCUUGCUCCGUGUGCCAAGUGGCUUAGUCCAUUUGCAACUAUCGUCGCUGAGGAAGGUUCUCAGCUUCUUCUGAGAUCUGCGGUGUCACCUGUUGAGUCUCAUUCAGGAUCUGGCCUGCGAGCCACAGUACCUAAUAUAGUAAUGGACGAAUCCCAUCGCAUCCAGACACAUGUUGUGGAUUUGACCAUGUUGGAGAAAGCCCAACAACGUUUGACCCUUGACAUGUUGGAAAUGGACUCGGUCGAACGAGACACGAAUCUGGAUAUCGAAGGCAGUCCGAAUCAAAGUGGCAUUUUAACUCCGCCAUCUAGUAGUCAAAAGAAUUCCCCGACACCUCCACGUCAUGCACCACAGUUGCAUCCGUAUACAUAACUGCGCUGUAAAGAAGUUAGAGAAUUACUAAGAAUUAUUAUGUAAAACCUUCCUGCCAGUCAUUGGCGAUUACGCUUAUGCUCGGGUGAAAAAAAAAAAAAAAAAUACUUAUCUGUAACGAUUCCUUCAAAUUCUAGGUGAAGAGCGAGGUUCGUAAUUCUGUAGAAGCGAGGAAGUUAACGAAGCUGCUUUGAGCAACUCUUUCGUCUCUUAAUUAACGGGGAAUGUAUAAAGAACUUAUGAUAGUGACAAUUUCAUUUAUGUCUAUAGUACGUAACAACAUUGUGCGUUGGUGUCAGAUGAAGACACUGGUCAGGGGUGAAAUUGAUAUUGACAUGAACUCUCGUUCGGCUUGAAAGGAGAUGGGGCACGUAGAAAACAAUUUCUUUGCCUUUGACUCGAGUGUCUUAGAACGCGAUGAUGCUUAUCAGUAUUUGGAGUUAAGACAUGCUGUGCGAUAUUUUAGAUGACUUGCCACUUGUAGACUGCCAUGUAAUAAUGCUAAAAUAAUUUACCUGGCGGUCACUAUUUGAAAUUAGUGCCGAACACUGCCGGAGAUUGCAUCGAUAGGAUUGUAAUGAAACAAGUUUUCUAUGGUUUGUAAGGACUCUAAUGUAGAAUUAUACUCAUUUCGUUCCCUUUUAAGCUUCGAGUUGGGCGUCCAACUGGACAUCACUCGAGAAGCUUCCAAACUAAGCGAACAAGUGCCUUCGUAAAGUGCCUUCAUUCUCUUAUUUUUAUCCAUCAAAUGAGAUACAACAUUGUGAAUAGUAUUCUUUUAUACAAUUUGCCUUAUUACAACGCAACGCGUUCCAGCGUCGUCGUUAGAGACUGAGCGAAUGUCAUUUUUAUGUAUAUAUUGAGAGAGUGAGAGGGAGAGAGAGGAACCAGAGGGAGGGAAACGUUUUUCUUAUUCACCACCUUUUCGGAUCCGGUAAGUUCAUACGAACUUGCAUGCAGUAAAACGCGCGUAUAUAUACAAUAUUUGUAUGGAGAGAGUGACAAUAAAAAUGUAUGAACUUA